AUGAGGAUGGUGGUGGGCGUGAUGGUCCUUGGUCAGCUACUGACGAGGAUUCUGCUCGCUGCCCAUGCAGGAGAUCGACUCGCGGCUGCUCGCAGAAUACUCAGGGACGUGCCGCUGAUAGACGGGCACAACGACCUGCCGUGGAACAUACGCAAGUUCCUGAAGAAUCAGCUGAGGGAAUUCAGGUUUGAUGACCUGAGGGACACCCACCCUUGGUCACGGAGCGCCUGGAGCCACACGGAUCUCAGAAGAUUGAAGGAGGGUAUGGUUGCAGCCCAGUUUUGGUCGGCUUACGUGCCCUGCUCCUCGCAGCAUCACGACUCGGUCCAGCUGGCACUCGAGCAGAUCGACCUGAUUCGUCGGCUGGUCAACAAGCAUCCUGAAAGCAUGGUCCUCGUUACUACGGCGGAAGGUAUAGAGCGGGCGCACAAGGAGGGUAGAUUAGCGAGCCUGAUAGGGGUCGAAGGAGGCCACGCGGUUGGCACGAGCCUGGCAGUUCUAAGGAUGCUGUACGAGCUGGGUGCAAGAUAUCUCACUCUCACGCACACGUGUAACACGCCUUGGGCAGAAUGCAGCACAGCGGAUGAACCCGGCCAAGUGGCACGCAUCGGUGGUCUCUCCAACUUCGGCAAGAGUGUCGUCCUCGAGAUGAAUCGACUCGGAAUGAUGGUGGACCUGUCGCACGUCUCCGUGCCCACGAUGCUGGUCGCCAUGAAGACGUCGAGGGCGCCCGUUAUCUUCAGCCACAGCAGCGCCCACGCCCUCUGCAAUUCCUCCCGAAACGUGCCUGACCAUGCACUCCGACGAUUGGCGCAAACAGACGGUAUAGUCAUGGUGUCCUUCUACCCCCAUUUUAUCAGCUGCGGCGAGAAGUCGACGCUGGAAGACGUAGCCGCACACAUCGAUCACGUGCGGAAGAUCGCAGGGGUGGAUCACGUCGGGAUAGGCGCUGGCUACGAUGGGAUCAACCUGACACCUAAAGGCCUGGAGGACGUUAGCAAGUACCCCGAGCUGUUCGCCGAGCUGCUGGCGCGUGGGUGGUCGGAGAAAGACAUUCAGAAGUUGGCUGGGCUGAAUCUGAUCCGCGUGUUCAAGGCGGUGGAGAAGAUUCGAGACGACAUGGCGGCCGAUGGUAUCGAGCCUCUGGAAGAAGAGAUUCCGUACGAGGACAUCAUCGGCCGCGACUACUGCCGCUACAACGUGAAACGACUGAUAUCUCCCUAGCCACCGAGAAUCGGCCAUGUGCAUAGUCGAUGGAUAAAAUGGAAGGAAGAUCGGCAAUAGCGUAAGCAGUCGAUCGUCGCGACGCCAAGAACGAAAAACUCUCUUUAGAAAUAUUCCAACCGAAUUCUCGCGCCCGUGAAGGACCACUCGAGCUCUUCGACCCCUCUACAUUUUCCUCCUUUUGUCCGCGCCAACUCGAUUUCCUCGGACGCGAAUGCUCGCGAGACAAUGUCGCGCGAUGCGUACCUGCCCCGAAGGGUAGAAGAGCUCGAUCGUACUUUCCCGCGAUGGAACGACGAUUCUUCCCUUCGCGGAGGAGCUUUCGCGAGGUGACACACCGUGUGUCCAGAGAGGCGUUCCGGAUCUACGAUUUUCGAAGACCAACACGCGCGUAGCGAAUGUUUAAGGAUUUAAG